UCUUUCCUUUAUACUAUAAUUGUUUUUCCCAAGUAAUCUGAUACUGCAGAGAUCGAAAAAAUAUUCUAAAAUGUAUGAGAAAAGUGGUUGCUUUGAUCCUAAUAACUCCGUGGUGGAGGCUGCAGCUGAUGGGUUUCCUCAAGCUGUGGACCAGAACUUGAACCUUUCUGCUCAGCAACUCCCUUAUGAUCACCACCAACAAGAAGCAGCAGCUGUUUCCACCAUGGACAUCGACAUGGACAUGGAUAUGGACCUGGAGCUUCAAAACCAUCUGGCCUUCAGUAACCUUUUUAUGCAACAACUAGUUGACCACCCAGAUCAGCUUCUUUCAUUUGAUCAGCUUCAAGACGACCCACAACAAAAACAAGACCUUCUCAGUUCCUUUCACUUGCUUCCAAAUCCAUCCAUUGACAGUACUGGUUUGAGCUUUAUCGCUGACCUCCCAGCCUCAGAUAGCGCAUCAGUUUUGUAUCAUCUUAACCUGCCCCCACAGCCUCCUUUGCUCGGGGAGUUGUUCCAAUCUGCACCCCGCGGCUAUGGCCUGCCAAGCUCAAGAGAUUCAAGCGGAGGAACGGUGUACGAAGAUGAAGGAGGGAUGCUGGAGUUCAGUGGGGAAGCCAGCAAGAAAACUAAGCUUACUGAGCGGGAAAGGCGAGUAAACUUGAAUGAUAGGUUCAAAGCCUUGGCCAAUUUGGUUCCUAACCCUACCAAGUCCGAUAGGGCCUCGAUCGUCGGAGAUGCCAUUGACUACAUCAAAGGGCUUCUUAGAGAGGUCGACGAGCUCAAACAACUGGUGGACAAGAAAAGAUCGGGAGGCAGAGAGAGCCGCAUGAAGAGGCACAAAACAGAUCCAGACGAUGCCCCAGUGCAGUUCCAUAAUAAUGGAGCUUUAAGAUGCUCCUGGAUUCAGAAAAAAUCCAAGAAUACGGAGGUUGAUGUUCGAAUCAUUGAUGACCAAGUAACCAUCACUCUCCUUCAAAGAAAGAAGAGGGACUGUUUGUUGAAUGUUUCCAAGGUCAUUGACGAGCUUCACUUGGAUCUCCACCAUGUCGCCGGUGGCCACAUUGGCAAUCACUGCAGCUUUCUCUUUAACACAAAGAUAUUCCAAGGUUCUACUGUUUAUGCUGGUGCCAUAGCUGAUAAGCUCAUCGAGGUUAUGGACACAGAAUGUGCAGCCGUUCAACCCAUAAGUAGCUGUUAAAAUCAAGUCUGAUUCUGAUCACAGAAUGUCAGUAAAAUGCUAACAAAGACAAACAUGAUUGUGUCUUUGCUUUGUUUACUUUUUCCAUGGUUAGAAUGGGCUUUUGAUCA